UUACAAAAAAGUCAAAAAGAUGAAUCUGAAAAGCGAGCUGUCAAAUCAUUUCGGCAAUUAAAAUCAAUUUUUCCGUUUUCUGUUGCUUGUUGAAUUGGCUGAUUACGGGCAUCCAGAAAUUAUACUUUUCAGAUAAGAAUAAUGUCAUCAAUUAUGUCUUCUCCGUCGGCAAACGAUGAAAUUGACGAAGCAAAAGAGCGUGCGCAUUUUAAAGCCGUAGUCACCGCUUUUAAAUAUUAUAAGUUAUGUGGAAUAGAGAGGAUUCAUAAAUCAGAAAACAUAAUAUCCAAGCUUCCACAAAGUCAUCAAAGGCGCUUGGAAAAAUACCGGGCUUAUCUCUCCAAGUUUAGAAAAUGCCUGGACGUGAACAAUAGUGUUGUUCAUUUAAUUAUUAAAGAUGUUGACACAAUGUUUGAGAAUGUGGAUCACAGCAAUACUGAUAUCUCCGGUACAAAUGGCACUGAGAGUUUUGGAUGCAACUACAAUAACUGUGAGAUUACAUCACAUAAACAACAUAAAAUGCAACAUGAUGUUGAAAAGGUACAGUCAGUGUUGAAAAACAUAGUCAGGGAUUGGAGUGAAAUGGGUGCAGCAGAACGAAAACAGUGCUAUGGGCCCAUCCUCAAUGAGCUUGAAGUUCGAUACCCACUUGAGGAAUUCAGUGAUAGAUCAAGGAUCAAAGUGUUGGUCCCCGGAGCAGGGCUCGGCCGGUUAGCAUGGGAGGUGGCCAACAGGGGCUACACAUGCCAAGGGAAUGAAUUUUCAUUGUUCAUGCUGUUUGCGAGUAACUUUGUACUAAACAGGUGUUCUGAUGUGAAUAUGUAUACUGUAUAUCCAUGGCUACAUCAAUAUGUGAAUAAUCUAACGUGCGACCAUCAACUUCGUGGUGCCACAUUUCCCGAUGUUAAGCCUUCUACGGAAAAGCCAAAGUACAAUUUCUCAAUGACCGCAGGAGAUUUUCUUAAGGUGUAUACAGAAGCGAAUGAAUGGAACUGCGUUGCGUCUUGUUUCUUUAUAGAUUGCGCUCCCAAUGUCAUUGAAUUCAUUGAACGGAUAUACACUAUCUUGAUGCCUGGAGGCUACUGGAUUAAUCUCGGACCUUUACUAUAUCACUAUAGUGAUAUGCCAACAGCGAAUAGUAUAGAACCGCCGUAUGAUAUCCUAUUGGACAUCAUUAGAGAUGUAGGAUUUGAGAUACUGCAAGAACGUACGGGGGUGAAGACGAAAUACGCACAAAACCCGAAUUCAAUGAUGCAACAUGAAUAUGACUCUGUGUUCUUUGUUUGCAGGAAACCUUUCGGUGUUUAAUUCCUUAACAGUAUUGCAAGUGUUUUAUACCAAUAUGCUCUUUAUUAGUGUUGUCUAAGAGUCAAUUUACAUUGAGAUUUAAGUCUUUUAGUUUUAUUAUAAAGUGUUAUAUCAACAGGCGAGAUGUGAAUGCAGUAUUUUGGUUUAUAAGAACAGUUGUCAAAUCUUUUUGGGUAUCCCAACAUGGUGCAUGUAUAAAAUGUUUUAAGGUUGGUACUCCAAUAACUACUGUGUGCCAAUAAGAACUGAUUUUUUUUUAAGGCUCAAAAAGAUUUUGUCC